AUGAAGUUCUCAACAUCCAUCAUCGCCAUCGCUGCCCUCUUGGCUUCCACAGAAGCCUGCCAGUGCCUUUCCGCCGAUGGCGUCAACGUGGCCUCUACCUACAAUUGCUGCCGUGAGGCUGGCGGAACGCUCGAUGGUGACCAAUGUCCAGUUCACCAAAUUCACAAGAAACUCAGCGCCUUUGCCAAGUGUUGCAAGGCAUUCAACGAUCGUUCGGACUGUCGCUGUCCUAGGGGUUGUGACGUUGAGGUCAGCAACUUGUUUGCCCGUGGGGGAGUGCCUCCAACUGAUAAGGAGGUUAACGAUAUUCUUGCCAAAUAUGCAGAUAUAGGCACCGGUUCUUCUAUUGCUACUAUUGCUACUAUUGCUACUAUUGCUACUAUUGCUACUAUUGCUACUAUUGCUACUAUUGCUACUAUUGCUACUAUUGCUACUAUUGCUACUAUUGCUACUAUUGCUACUAUUGCUACUAUUGCUACUAUUGCUACUAUUGCUACUAUUGCUACUAUUGAUAUUAUUUCUUAUACUCCUAUAAGAAGAUUCGGCACCAUGAAUGGAAUAUAA